AAUGUUGCCGGAAGCACGUGGGGUUUGCUGGAAUCCGAGAGCGUUCGACUGGAGGGGAAGAUCUUAACUUGCAUGCGUUAAGAUGAAAGCUGACGGCUCCCUCCUGGCGCUGAUUCACCAGCAUCUCGUGCAGGCUGGGUACAGCAAAGCAGCCAGGGAGCUGCAAGCACAGAGCGGGAAGAAAUUUUCUUCACCAACUGUCUCACUUGAGGAUAUCUUUACUGACUGGAGCAAUCUCCCAGAAAAUGCGAAGAAGAGAAAAGCAGUGUCAGAAAAUGACAGUCAGAGUAAGAAACCACGUGUGGCCGAUCCCAAGAGCAGUUCAGAGUCAUCAGAAGAAGAGGAUCAUCCAACUGGGAAUGCUGCGACUUCAAAUCUUGCCCGUGGACCUUCAGACAGCAGUGAAAGCUCCUCCGGUUCACAAUCUGAGAUGGAGACAAAUAAAAAGGUACGUGGAAAAAUGGCAUCCCAAACAACGAUCUCCAUGGGACCAACUCGAUCAGCUGUAAAGAAAAUGAUUCCGGAUAGCAAUUUUUCCUCACCAAAGAAGGAAGUGCCCGCUACGCAGCAGUUAAAAGCAAAGACCAUCUCCAAAGCUACCAAGCAGCCAGUGACGCAGAAUCCAGUGAAGGCCCUUGCACCUAUUCAUAAGCCUGCUGACGACAGCUCGGAGAACAGCGACUCGGACAGUGAGGAGGAGGCCAAGGGCAAGGUUGUGCCAGCUCCUCAAGCGACCCCAGCAAAGGCCAAGUCGUCUUCCAAAAGUACCAAACAACCAGUUACACCAAUUCCUGCGAAGACAGCUGUGCCCGUUCAGAAGCCUGCAGAUGACGCCUCCGAGAGCAGCGACUCAGACAGUGGCGAUGAGACAGAGGUUGUACCACCUCCUCAAGCGACCCCAGCAAAAGCAAAGGCAUCUUCCAAAACUACCAAACAGCCGGUUACACCAAUUCCUGUGAAGACAGCUGUACCCAUUCAAAAGCUUGCAGAUGACACCUCCGAGAGCAGUGACUCGGACAGUGCAGAUGAGAUGGAGCCAGUGGUACCAACUCCUGUGAAGGCUACUAAACCCAUUCAGAAGCCUGCAGAUGACAGCUCAGAGAGCAGCGACUCGGACAGCGAGAAGGAGACAGAGCCCAAGAAGGCUGUGCCACCUCAGUCGAGCCCAGCAAAAACCAUUGCAUCUUCCAAAGCUGCCAAGCAGCCAGUGGUACCAACUCCCGUGAAAGCUCCUGUACCCAUUCAGAAGCCUGCAGAUGACAGCUCGGAGAGCAGCGAUUCAGACAGCGAGGAGGAGACAGAGGCCAAGAAGGCUGUGCCACCUCAGCUGACCCCAGCAAAGACAAUAGCACCUUCUAAAGCUCUUCUCAAGCAGCCAGUGGUACCAACUCCUGUGAAGGCUACUAAACCCAUUCAGAAGCCUGCAGAUGACAGCUCAGAGAGCAGCGACUCAGACAGCGAGGAGACAGAGGCCAAGAAGGCUGUGCCACCUCAGCCAACCCCAGGAAAGACCAUUCCAUCUUCCAAAGCUGCCAAGCAGCCGCUGACACCAACUCCUGUGAAAGCUCCUGUACCCAUUCAGAAGCCUGAAGAUGACAGCUCAGAGAGCAGCAAUUCAGACAGCGAGGCGGAGACAGAGACCAAGGUAUUUGCUAGUGCGCAGGCAUGAAUAACUUGACGUCCUGGACCCUUAAU